CGGGGGCUGCCAAGAGGAGAUUUUAUUCCGAGGACGAGCAUUGUUUUGGCAACAUCUGGGAGAGCAAAGGGAAGCCGGAAACAGUGGGACCACUCUGGGGUUUUUUCUGUGUGUGUGUGUGUGUGUGUGUGUGUGUGCUGGAAUGACAUUUGCUAUGUAGGCAUGUUUUCUCGCGCUGUGUUUCUUGGCCCCGAGGAGGGCCGAGUUUGAAAAGACAGUAUGUGACUAUCCAUCCGCGGGAGCUGUUUCUUGUGCGAACUCUUCCCAUCUGCUCCGAAGACAUGCUGUUGUCUCCCAAGUUCUCCUUAUCCACCAUCCACGUCCGCCUGACUGCCAAGGGGCUGCUGCGGAAUCUGCGCCUGCCUUCGGGGUUUCGGAGAAGCACUGUGGUUUUCCACGCAGUUGAAAACGGCAGACAGAAGACUCCCAGGAGUUUAUGCAUCCAAACUCAGACGUCUCCAGAUGUGCUCUCCUCUGAGAAGACACUCGAGUUGGCUCAGUAUAAAACCAAAUCGGAGAAGCAGAGUCGGUUCAUCCUGCACCUUAAGCAGCUCGUUUCCUGCGGGAAUGCCAAGUUUGAAGCAUUAACCGUUGUGAUUCAGCACCUACUGUCUGAGCGGGAGGAAGCCCUGCAACAGCACAAAGCCCUGUCGCAAGAGCUCCUGAGCCUCCGGGGAGAGCUGGUCACUGCUUCGACCGCCUGUGAGAAAUUAGAAAAAGCCAGGAAUGAGUUGCAAGCAGCUUAUGAAGGAUUUGUCCAGAAGCUGAACCAGCAGCACCAGACGGAUCUCACCGAGCUAGAGAAUCGGCUCAAAGAGUUCUACACCGAGGAGUGUGAGAAGCUCCAGAACAUUUACAUUGAAGAAGCAGAGAAGUACAAAACUCAGCUGCAAGAGCAGUUUGACAACUUAAGUGCUGCCCAUGAAACCUCGAAGUUGGAAAUUGAAGCUAGCCACUCAGACGAAGUGGAAUUACUGAAGAAGGCCUAUGAAACCUCCCUUUCAGAAAUCAAGAAAAGCCAUGAAUUAGAAAAGAAAUCACUUGAGGAUUUGCUUUCUGAGAAGCAGGAAUCCCUAGAGAAACAAAUCACUGAUCUGAAGAGUGAAAAUGAGGCUUUAAAUGAAAAGCUGAAAUCAGAAGAACAAAAAAGACUCUCAAGAGAGAAAGCGAAUUUAAAAAACCCUCAGAUCAUGUACCUGGAGCAGGAGCUGGAGAGCCUGAAGGCCGUGCUGGAGAUCAAGAACGAGAAGCUGCACCAGCAGGACGUGAAGCUGAUGAAAAUGGAGAAGCUGGAGGACAACAACACAGCGCUGGUCGACAAACUGAAGCGAUGUCAGCAGGAGAACGAGGAGUUAAAAGCUCGGAUAGACAAACACAUUGCAAUUUCAAGGCAACUGUCCAACGAGCAGGCCACCCUGCAGGAGUGGCUGGAGAAGGAGUCGAAAGUCAACAAGCGCCUGUCCAUGGAGAACGAGGAGCUGCUGUGGAAGCUACACAACGGGGACCUGUGCGGCUCUGACAGGUCCCCCACAUCCCCCGCCAUCCCUUUCCAGUCGCCCCGCAAUUCCGGCUCCUUCCCCAGCCCCAGCGUGUCGCCCAGAUGACGCUUCUGCACGCGGGAGACUGUCUGAGAGCACCGUCACAGGUCCGCAGGGCUGACCCUCACCGUGGUCCAGGGAUCAAGAGCCACAUGGGCCGACGUGUCGUUACCGCCCUAGAACUGGAAAGUCUUGACCCCCUGCAUCGGCUCCCUGCGAGACCGGAGCUCAGGAGGAACACGUGGCUCUCUGGCCAAGGGACUCCUCCCCAAAGGAUUUCGGAAUCGAUCUGCACGGACAUUUGCACAAAGCACUUAAAGAACAUUGCCUUUUCCACGUAAGCAUAAGGGGAAAAACUCUCAGGGGCCUCUUAAGAUAAAGAUUUAUAACCUUUAUAAUGUUCUUUGCCACAGGCACCUUCUUGUGAUUUUUAUUUGGGGGAUGUGUGAAUAAAAGGGAUGUAGCGAG